AUGCAUGCAUGUAGAGGCACUGCCGUGAGCGAUUUGGACAAGCAUGGAGAGGAUGUAGUUCACUGUCAUUUGGGACCCGAGGACAAUUUCACUCUGAUCCUUGACGAGGCUGGAGAUUUGUCUGAAAUGGCAGGUGAAAGCGUAUCGGGUGGCGGCGGCAGUGGCUACUCGAAUGGGCUGAUAAACGGGCUGUAUCCAAGCGAUGGUCUAGGUCUGGGACUGGGAUUGGGUCUGGGUAUGUUAGGUCCGCGUGUCGCCGAAUUGUCGGGCAGACGAGCAGCCGGACGUCGAAGUACAGACUUCCGUCUGGUGACGGGUCGCCUGCCCUUAAGCAGAUCCAACGGAGGCGCCGGACUGUCGGAAGUUGUUAUGUCCGGGACGCGGCCUGGGAGUGCGGGGCACAUGCCGUUGGUGACGAAUCUGGACCGCGAAACGACGCCCCAGCAACGAGUCACCAUCACUUGUCAGGACGCCGCCGGCAACUCGGCCAGUCGAGUCGUCCUCGUCCAUCUCAUCGACGUGAACGACCAUUCGCCCGAGUUCCUAUCAACUCGGUUCAUCUUCCGGAUCGCCGAGAACCGACCGCCCCGCGACGGCCACGAGAUCUGGCUGGGCCGGGCGGCGGCCCGCGACCUCGACGAGGCCGAGACGAGGACGGUGUCCGAGUCCCGUCUCGUCUACCGGAUGGCCGAGGAUCGGCUGUACGGCGCCGGUGGCGACACCAGCGGUCUGGCCCAUCUGUUUCGCGUAGACGAGGCCACGGGUGACGUGUACGCUCGCGCCAUGCUAGACCGGGAAGAAGCGCCGCCCGACGGCAUCUACCAGUUGACCGUGUUGGCCAUGGACGCCGGGCAUCCGGUCGCACUGACGGGCAGCGCCACUGUCGAAGUGCACGUCCUCGACGUCAACGACUGGGAGCCCGUGUUCACGGAAGAGGUGUACAUGUUCAGCGUGUCCGAAGAUGCGCCGUUGCGCGAGGUCGUGGGCCAAGUCGAGGCAGUGGACCGUGACGCCACCAGCCUGGCCAACCGUGGCGGCAACAUCACCUACCGACUGGUUCGACCGUCCGCCCAGGCGGUUGCCGGCCUCACCGGCCUCCUGCUCGCCGACCAUUCGGCGCCCGGGCUCGAGUCCCGUCUCGGCCAGCGCCGCACCGUCUCGGCGCCAACCCACCUCCGGACGAGGCGGCGCCGAGGCGCCGACCAGCAGUUUUCAGCUCACCCGACGCCGAGGAUGACGACGACGAAUACGACGAGGCAGCCGCGCUUACCAGCCCUGGUUGAGGCUGGAGGGACGACAGCCUCGGGUAUGAUACCGGUCGCCGGGAGGUCCGGGCUCUCGAUGGCGCCGGCCCACUUCGCUGUCGACAGCCAAUCCGGACACAUACGCGUCAUCCGACCGCUUGACCGAGAGACCAAGGCCCACUACACGCUGCUGGUUAUUGCCGUCGACUCAAUGCCUCCGCCGCCGCCACUGCCGUCCGGCGCGGUUCAGGCCUCCGCGGGCGAGUUCGAGUCCGUGGCCGAGUCCGGCGGCGCUGGCGUCUGGCAGUCA